CAUUGGCUCCUUAAGAACUGCUGACCAAGCUGUACUCUUUCGCUUGUGACGCUGCACGCUGAGCUCGGCGGCUCCUGCCACUGCGAGCCAAGCUAACUGCGGCUCCCUGCGCGGAGUGGAAGGGAGGCAGCUCGCCGUCGUAACCCUGCGCUCGUGGUCCUUGUUUGCCUUCCUAAGAAGCCAGUUCACUCUACACAAUGGGAACAUCCCGAUCCAAAUCAGGUACCGAAGUUGAUCUUCCUGGACUUCAUGGAUCUGAAGCUCAGGGGAAUGAAUUGUAUGGGGGAAAACAUCGGCGUAAGAGUAGUUUGAAAGAGGAGUCUGAGGCUGUAUUUGAAAAAGAAGUUUGUUUGGCUUCUGAGAUGCAAGAUAAUGAGAUGCGUGAAGUUGAAAUCAACAACCAUAAGCUGCUACUUAUCAAAACUAAUGGAGAAUUUAGUGCCAUAGGACAUUUGUGCACUCAUUAUGGAAGUCAGCUGGUCAAUGGAGUUCUCUCACGUGGAAGGGUUCGUUGUCCAAGGCAUGGUGCUUGUUUUAAUGUAAAAACAGGUGAUAUCGAAGAGUUCCCCUGCUUGGAUGGACUACAAAGCUAUAAGACUAAAGUCCAGGAUGGCAAGGUUAUUGUAUUCACGACUACUGCGGCCUUGGAUUUAAACAGAAGAACCCAAAACAUGGUCACUCAGUCACUAGCAAAUAAAAAUGUCAUUCUUCUUCUAGGUGGAGGUCCAGCUUCAUUAGUCUGUGCAGAAACUCUUCGUCAGGAAGGUUACACAGGACGUAUCAUUCUAGCAACCAAAGAAAUGUACUUGCCUUAUGAUCGUCCAAAACUCAGUAAGGCUUUAAACAUCAGCAUUGAAAGUAUUUUGUUGCGGAAGCCAGAGUUUUACUCAACUUAUGGUAUUGAAGUGUUAACCAACAAGGAGGCCACAUCAGUGAACACAAAAAAAAGGAAAGUCAGUUUCAAAGAUGGAACUAAACAGUAUUAUGACAACUUGUUGCUUGCAACAGGCAGCAUACCUAGAAUGCUUGGUUGUCUAGGAGCAGAUCUAGGAAACAUUUGUCUCUUGCGCAGCCUUGAUGAUGCGAACAGAAUCAAUGAACUCGCAACAGCAAAGAACAUUAUUAUCGUGGGAUCCUCAUUCAUUGGAAUGGAGAUAGCUGCCUGUCUGGUUGAGAAAGCCAGUUCUGUCUCAGUGGUUGGAACUUCUGAGGUCCCAUAUCAACAUGUACUGGGGACAGAAAUCGGAAAAACUAUAAUGAAGGCGUUUGAACUGGAAGGUGUGAAGUUUUAUAUGACUGAUCAUGUGAUUGAGCUAAGGGGAGAAAAUGGAUUGUUGAAAGAAGCUGCGUUAGCAAGUGGAAAGGUUCUUCCAGCAGAUAUGUGUGUAGUAGGAAUUGGAGUGACACCAGCGACCAAUUACCUUCAUGGAAGCCAAAUCAAGACAGAUCCAAAGGGAACAGUUAUGGUUGAUGAGUACAUGGAGACCAAUGUUGAUGGAGUAUUUGCAGCUGGAGAUGUUACUUCAUUUCCACUACCACUGCACAAAAACCAGAAAGUUAAUAUUGGUCACUGGCAAUUAGCUCAUAAACAAGGUUACAUUGCUGCACUCAACAUGCAAAAGAAAAAGAUUGCCAUCAAUACUGUACCAUUCUUCUGGACGUUCUUCUUUGGGAAGAGCCUACGAUAUGCAGGUUACAGUGCAGGUUUUGAAGAAGUUAUAAUUCAAGGCAACAAGGAUGAACUGAAGUUUGUGGCAUUUUAUAUCAAAGAGGAUAAGGUGGUUGCAGUUGCCAGUUUGAACUAUGAUCCUGUGGUAGCCCAGGUGGCUGAAGUUCUGGCCUCAGGAAAGACCAUAUCAAAACAUGAAGCUCAGGAUGAACAAAUGCCAUGGCUUCAGUACAUCUGAUUCACGCACCUUCAAGUGAACCUCUUUUAGAAUCCUGGCAUAAAGGAAGUUUUGUAACACUUGAUUGACUUUUCUGAUAUAUUUUAUUAAAUUUUUGUUUUGAAACAUUGUAUAUUCCUCUGGAGAAUGCAAGAAAUUAUUACUAUGAUCUGAUAUAGCGAGCAUUGUCCAUUGUUUAAUUGUUACUCUACUGAAUAAACUGAAAUUUAUAGAAUUACUGUAAGAAUGCAAUAGUAUUUUCAGUGCUAACUUCUUGUUCUGAUUCUACUUUUAUUUCCAUAAUUGACACCUGGCCAAAGUAUGACUACUGGGAAUUUGAAUGUAUAGCUAAUCCUCAGGUAGCCGUAAGCAACUAUUGGUAAACUCAUUAUAUCAGAUAUGCCAAUGAACAGAGUAGGACUAGUGAGAAAGGUAUGAGUUUUGUUUUCCUGAGGGAAAAGAUGCACUUCAACAUGCAGCUAAUGUUUGUCGUAAAAUGUUGCAUUCUCAAGACUUGAAUGUUUUGUUUUAAAAAAGCAUAAGUGGACAUAUUCCUGUGCUUUUCUCUCUCCAGUAUGUUAUUUUCGGUAUUUGUUAAUCUUAAAUUCAAAAACUGAAAAGAAGUCUACAUAUCAACUUUUGUAAUUUAGAUAUAUCUUCAGUCCUACUGAAAGGGACAUAAACAUCAAAGUGAGGAUUUUACCACCCACAGGUCCUGUUUUGUAUGGGUUGCUCCCAGCACGGGCAACAUGUUCAUAUUUCUUAUUAGUGCCCAUUCAGCAUUUACUUCUCUCCAGUUUACCAUCAAUAAUCCCUUUGCUUCCCUCUGUCUCUGUCUCUCUCUGGUUAUUAUCUUCAUUUAUUCAGAUCACCCCUUCACCACAUAGCAACCCUCUGCCCUCGUCAUCAGCAUAAAUGCCUCCAUUUUUCAUCUGCUCUCAGUUCUGAAAAAGGUUCACUGGACUCAAAAUGUUAACUCUGCUUUAUCUCUACAGAUGUUGCAGAGCCUACCGAGUUUCUCCAGCACUUUGUUUCAGAUUUCCAGAAUCUGCAGUACUUUAUAUUUAGGUAUUACUUUUGUUCCAAAAACAUUACAGAGGCUUGAUUGCUGGAAUAAAACAAAAAAAAACAAUGGAUUCUGGAGCUCUUGAACAUGCAAAAAAUAGAAAUUGCUGAAGAAACUCAGUGGUCUUGCAGUAUCUGUGAAGAGGAAACAGUUAGCACUUUGAGUCCAGUGAUCCC